GUGCGCCCACCCACCCAAAUUCACACCACCCACUUUCACGGGCAACCACCAAUUCUCGAUAGCGUCCACGUCUGCAUGACGUCCUUCGACUUCUUCACGAUCCCUUGAGAAACCCAAAAUUUGGACUGACUUGAUUCGAAGUCGCCGAGUACUGCGCCUUGAAUUGCUACGAGGAACUACUACUACUAGUUUGUUCUACGUAUCAUCAAACAGCUUGCACUUCCGAUCGCAAACAAGAAGAGGAAGACAUCCCUCGGAAUCAACCUCGAACGCAGCUUCGUCCAACCUGCAUCGCGAACUCUGCAUCCUCGACCUCCCUCGCGUUCACUUGCGACUUCGACUUCAGGUUCCGAUUUGCGACCACCAAUUAGCAGCGUUAGGAGACCCAAUUACUGGGCCUUUCUUCUUUUCCAUCCAAGUCUCCCGGCCGUCAUGAGAUUACCAUAGUCGUCGAAAAUCACAAAAACAGCCACACGAAACCACCUUUCACAAUGGCGCGCUCCGAAUCCCAACAAUCCGUUUUCUCUUCUUAUGCGCCAAGGUUACGCACCUACAACAACUCCCUCCUAACACCCGUCCUUCCCGGCACUGCUCCCGCGAACCCACUUUCGCGCACAACGAAGCGCGGCACUACCAUUAUCAACUAUGCCGAGGAUGGCUACGAUGAUUACGACGAUGACGACGACAACACCCGCAGCCGCCGCCGCCCUACAGGUCUCCGCAGCGUACAGCCCGACGACGGUACUGUCAAGGCCGACCCGGCCGAGAAGGUUGGCAAGGAUACACAUGAGCCCGUGGAGGUACAGGGUAUUUGGCGGGACUGGAUGGGAAGGUUCCGCCAGGGUCGAUCCGACCAACAGAACUUUGCCCAAGCCAGCCUUCCUCUCACACUGAUUCCCAUACGGAUUGAUCUCGAUAUCCCAUCCUACAUUCCGCCCCCGUCUCUGCCUCCGCAUGCUGCAAGCCUGGACCCCAGCAGUCCCCUUUUCAAGCCACAGGAGCCCACCGUCCCAUACCGGUUACGCGACACGUUUCUCUGGAACCUGCACGAGACUUUGAUUACUACCGAUCAGUUUGCGACUGUCCUGGUCCAGGAUUUGGACCUUCCUAACAGGAAUCAGACCAUAUCCGAGAUUAGCAAGCAAAUAAGGACACAACUAGAAGAGUACGCCGGUGUUGCUCUCCAUCCUCUCUUCCACUCCCACCGCGACCGUCCAGCAACCGAGGCGCCCAAGCCCACGAACCUGCUCGAAGCCGCGACCUCAACUCCCAACACCCCCGCAAUUAAUGGCAACGCCGUAUCGACACCAACACCCGCUGUCAAUGGCACUUCAGCAGUCCAAACAUCCACCGGCGAAAUUAGCGCCGCCGCAACCCCGAUCCCUCCAGACGCCGACGACUUCAGCCCCGACGACACGUACCGCUGCAUCAUCAACCUCAACAUCAACCUCUCCUCGCAAGUCUACACCGACAAGUUCGAGUGGUCGCUCCUCCACCCUCCAGGGACCGCCGAGGCCUUCGCCAAGCAAACCUGCGCCGACCUCGGUUUACACGGCGAGUGGGUACCCGCCAUGACGCACGCCAUCUACGAGGCGGUACUCAAGCUCAAGAAGGAAGCAUGCGAGUCUGGCGGCCUGGUAGCCGGCUGGGGCACCACCUCACUGGGUGUCGGCGGUGUCGAGUUCCCCAACGACGCGGCCGUCACGGCAGGCGGCGAGGGCGCCGGCUGGCGAUACGACCCCGAGCAUCUGGCGGAGGACUGGGAGCCCAAGCUGGAGACGCUGUCGAAGGAGGAGAUUGAGAAGCGCGAGGGCGAUCGCGAGAGGCAGAUCCGCAGACUGCGCAGAGAGACGGCGCGGUUCAGCAGCAAUACUGGUAUGGCGGGCGGCGUGCCCGUGGGCUUCGGAUUCGGCGGGCUUAUUGAGCAGGAAGAGGAGCGCAUGGGACGCGGGGAGAGGAGCAAGAAGAAGAGAAGGUUUAGAAGUCUGUCGCCUACUAGCGGUAGACACACCCCGGAUGUUGGAGGCGGAGGCGGCGGCGGCGGUGGUGGUGGUGGGUAUGGGGGUGGUGGAACGCUCGCGGAUAACGAACGGAACAACUGGAGGUGCUCUUGCUGUAGGGUGUGGGGCACCAGUGUUUGGGCGGUUCGGGAUGGGCCUUAUGGACCGAGGUCACUCUGCAAUAACUGCGGCUUCAUUUAUGAGCGGGAUAGGAAACUGCCGAGGUGGGCUAGGAACCUGCACGCCACUGAUCCCAAGCCUCUGUGAAUGAACCAUGUUUGAGGGCUGGAAAAGUUGCCCGCAGGAAGCUACUGUUUGAGCACGGCAUCUCGAGGACAGGAGGUCCUAUGGUUUCAAGACGAUUUGGACAUAAUGUGCAUUGUAUCCAAGCUACCUGUUCGACAUGGAGGAUGUAGGUCAUUCAAGUUAGGUGUAGGGGUGUAGAAAAGGAAAGGAAAAUUCCAAGCAGAGGAACCGGCGUCAGGCGAGGUUGGGAUAGGGUAGGAGAAGGUUUAGUUGUUUUAGCUUUAUGUGUUAGCUUUAUACCAGUUUUGUGCUCCGACAGUUCG